UUCAUUACCAGAACUACACAUAUUUGGUUUUUAAAAGUCUCAUAAAUCAAUAGUGGCCUGACUGCAAUAAUUAUAACAAGUUAACAUGUAAUUUCCAGGCUGAAAGCCGCAUGGCCGGAUUUUAGCAUAUGCAAACGAGGUAAUUCAAAUAGUGUAGGGAUAUUAAUACAGAAGGGUAGGUAACGAGGUACGGGCUAUGAAUUAUGCAUCAAAAAGUGGUUGAUCUUCAAUAAAGGAAAUGAAUUCACUGUGUAAUCUAAUUAGUUAUGGAAGUCUAUUAUGUCGAGCAGCAGAAAGCAACUGUCCUUGAAAAGGAAUUUAUUUACAGUACAUGUUAGCUUUUCGGAAUGGAAUUGCGUUCUGGUCCGAAUGUUAACGGCAACCUCUGUCUCUCAUCCCUCCCCUUCUUUCUUCACUCCCCUCUACCUCCCCCUUUCCGCCACUUCACUUCUUUUUUAGCUCAAGACCCGGGAGGCCUCCGAAACGGACCCAGAGUGUGACAUCGCCGGAGAACCCUCACAUCAUGCCUCACUCGGUGCCAGGCCUCAUGUCGCCGGGAAUCAUUCCCCCCACAGGCCUCACAGCCGCCGCUGCAGCAGCCGCAGCCGCCACCAACGCUGCCAUCGCAGAGGCCAUGAAGGUGAAGAAGAUCAAACUGGAGGUGAUGAGCAGCUACCAUGGAAGCAACACCCAGCACGGGGUCGACUCAGAGAACGGAGACCUUAGCUCCAGUGUCGGCUUGGAACUGCCGUUCAUUGAUGAUGCCCCACCCCCUGAUCCCUGUCAGCCUGCCUCCUGCAUCGUCACCAUGGCGAUGAGCAGAUGA